UCCACAGGGUCACAAGAGUUUGACACAACUUAGCGACUCAACCAUCACCAUACACAUGUAUAAUGCUUAGUGAAUUAAACUGAAUUUUAACAUGAAUUUAAAAUGAAUUCAAAUGAAUUGAAACUGCUGAUCAAAUCUAUAAUUCUAUACAAGAUACUGGACAUGCACAAUGCACAUGUAAGAUAAAAUUGGCCUAAGUCCUCUUGGACACCCUUGGACACCCUAGGAUUGACUAUAAGCCCUUGCCAAGCACGCUACUAGCAUAACUCUCUAAAAGGAAAGAAAGAAAGAACUCAUUUUCAAGGCCCAGCACUGAGGGACAUGAUCUAGGGCAGGCAAGGAACCAUCCGGGCAACAAGGGACCAAAUAGUUGAUCACCUAAUGCUUUCUUUGUAAAGAUUUACGAUCAAAAGGAGGAAGAUGAGGAGGAAAAACCAUAAAUCUUUUUCUAUGGUAGGACAAUCAAAUGAAAACAAAAAGAAAAAAAUAAUGACAUGAGCCGUUUAUGGUAGGACUUUCCUAAUGUGCAGUGUACAUCUAAGUUAUACAUUAACCAGACCUCCUUAAAACAGGAGGAUGCCCCGACACGCCUCGCAGAGGCCAUCAACCACUGGAUUUGAAUCGAGGCAUCACUUGGUGGCAGUGGGAUGAGCACCCGGUGGUUGCCCCCGGCCUGGGAGCUCUACCUCAAGAACCACUGCGUCUCCACAUUUAAGAACUGGCCCUUCUUAGAGGGCUGCGCCUGCAUCUCGGAGCAGAUGGCUGCGGCAGGCUUCAUCCACUGUCCCACUGAGAGCAAGCCUGACUUGGCUCAGUGUUUCUUCUGCUUCAAGGAGUUGGAAGGCUGGGAGCCAGAUGACGACCCUAUAGAAGAACAUAAAAAGCAUUCAUCUGGUUGUGCUUUCCUUUCUGUCAAGAAGCAGUUUGAAGAAUUAACCCUUGGUGAAUUUUUGAAACUGGAUAAAGAAAGAAUCAAGAACAAAAUCGCAAAGGAAGCCAACAAUAAACAGAAAGAAUUUGAAGAAACUGCAAAGAAAGUCUGCUUUGCCAUUGAGCGGCUGGCUGCCUUGGAGUGACACCUCCCUAUCACUGCCGCACAGCGACACAGACAUGUCGUUUCCAGGGCACACCCCUCAGCAUUACCAGUUUUUCUCUGGGGCCUCUUAACUGUGCCUUAGGAAAGGAGAACAUCAACAUUUUGAAAUUCAAAUAUUUAAACUGUAUUUUUCACUUUUUUUUCUUGAAGUUGGUGCCAGGGGCUACUUCUGUUAUAUAGCAGGAGCUAAGUAUAGUAACUGACCCUGUCUUUUAUCUUUGGUAGUUUUCACUUUAUUGCUUCCUGGACUCAGCAGGGUGAGGGGAGAUGUUUGUUCACAUGCAUAUAUUCCUUUUACAUCAAGGUGUUUGGGCUUCACGAAGCUGGUAAAUGGCUGUCCAGCUGAGAUGUGAUGGGUGAAUGCGAUCACAGGUCCGUUAUGACUGGGCAAACAGGAUUAAGAAUGCCAUUUUAAGUUUCAUUUGCAUAAUAAUCUGCAUUUAUGGUGUGCACUUAUCAUGUUCCAGAUGUUCUGUAUUAUCUCAUAUUGAUCUCUGCAGGUCGGGUGACCAUCCCUUUUACCCCAUCAGGUCUGUGGUGUCACGGCAGCUCCCUUCCUCCUAGACAGAUUGUGUGACCCAUCCCUGCCUCACCUCUGAAAGUGCCCUGUGGGUUAGGGGUUCCUUGCCAUCCCAUCUUAUGAUUUUCAGGUUCACAGGAGUCACCAUGGGAUUAGACCCCAGGCUCUCCCUUUGGACUUGAUCUGUGUCAGAGUCCUUUCCACGACUGUAGUAUGUGUGGCUUGGUGAGGGGGCAUGCACAAGGACUGAUGUCUUGAGAGUAGAGCUGGCCUCGUGGCAAGGUUGCAACAUUUUUCUACAAUAGAAAAGAAGAAGGUCUUUCAUGCAGAAAAGGAAUAUUUCAGAGGCCUGAUUCACUGCUUCUGGAUAGCAGGGCAGACAGUCAGAGUGGACUCUUCCUGGGGAGCCCUGCUCUGGACCAGCUGUCAUCCAUUGAAUGGGACACACAGGGCAGGAUGAAACAUCCGAGGAAGGAGUUCGUGGUCUUAAGUAUUUUUAAUACUCUUCAAAUACCUACUUCCCAUUAAUGAUGUGAAUUAGGCAACUGAUAAUUCUCCUGUCUUUUCAGUGUGAAUCUUCCAAAAGGAAUAAAUUAAUUUAAAAAGUAGAUUGCAAAACCUCUUUGGGGGAAACUUUAAAAAAAAAAAAAAGCCUGGCUUUUUUAUGUUGUUUUCAGUCUUGCAAGAUCAUAAAUGCAAUGAUGUAUGAGUUUCAGCCCCAGCACAGCCUAAGCAAAGAAUUGGAGCAGCUGUAUAAAAGGUGUGUGGAAGACCCACUCUGGUCCUGACCUCUGGCCUCUAAGGGGAUGCUUGCCUUGUGGGCUUGGCUGGGCCUGGCGCCUAUUGAACUGGAGCUGCAGUUUCCUCACCAGUGAUCUGGGGGUCUUAGAGACAGCUGCCUCAGCUGGCUUUUUUUUUUUUUUCCCACUGUGGCAACAGGAUUUUCAUGUAAAGAGGAAUUGGGACAAAGCCCUCAGCCCCUCCUAAGACUCUGCAGUGUUGUUUUCUUAUCUUGUUUGAAUUAUUAUUUUGCAUAACAGGAUCAACUACAAUUAAAAGUGAGCACAGCAAAAGAGACACAGAUAUAAAGAACAGACUUUUGGACUCUAUGAGAGAAGACGA